UAUUUGUGCUUUUAGUAGUGUGUGCUUUUCUUGCCCCCUUUGGGUUCUUCGACUCUUUCUCCUAUCCAUAGCUCAUGAAUUUUACCCUUUCAAGAAAGACCCAUAAAUUAUCUGUUUCUUUUCCCCUUUUUUUACUGUUCGUCACAGAGAUUCACGGUAGGUAAGUAGGUAAUUGCAGAGGGUGUGGGUUCAAAUCUCAUUUGAGGUGGUUUUUGCAAAAGGGUCCUCGUUAAAUAAGAAGAAAGCCUAAAAGGGUUUGUAAUGGUGGCAACUGAUGAAGGUUUUGCAUUGAAAAGUAAACAAGACAAGUGGCCUUCUCUGCUGACACGGCAAUGGUUCUUAGUGUCUUCUCUCUCUACUAUUUCAUCUCUCCAUCCAAUCUCUCUCUGUAUAUAUAGAGACAUAUAUACUUACAUAUCUCCACCAUCACCUUUCCCUAAUCCACCGUCAACUAUUUUGGAAAGAAAUCCUAUUCAAGUUCUCAAUUUCCUUUCUUGGGUCGUUGAGAUCUUUCUCCAUUUGGGCUGAUUCCGUAAGCCAAUUUGCAAUCUUUUACGUUUUGGUAUGUGAAUUCCAAUCAUGGGUAGUUCUUUCUGCUAUAAAUCUGUAUAUAGAUCUGACCCUUUUUCUUGUUGUAGCUUCCUUAAGUGUUAAUUCUUGCUGUUGGUUUUUGAAUAUGGCUUCAAUUCUUCGGUUUCGAAAGUUGUGUUAUAUUGAGCCAACAUUGAGAAGCUGUGAACCAUUUGAUGAGAAACCAAAAGUCGACAGCAAAGAAGAAAAAAGUGAAACAAUUGAAGAACAAGUGUGUGAUAAGAACAAGAGGCAGGCAAGAGGAGGAUGGAGGUGUUUAGACUCUUGUUUUUGGUUCAUAGGGUGUAUGGUUACAACUUGGUGGCUACUGUUGUUUCUGCACCAUUGUUUACCUGCAAAUUUGGCCUUUAAAGGCCCUGAAUCACCUGGUGUAAGGCUCAAGAAGGAAGGGUUAACCCCACUUCACCCUGUUGUUUUAGUCCCUGGGAUUGUUACUGGUGGUCUUGAGCUUUGGGAAGGAAAGCCUUGUUCCGAAGGGCUUUUUCGCAAGCGGCUAUGGGGCGGUAGCUUUACCGAAAUCCUUAAAAGGCCAUUGUGUUGGUUGGAGCAUUUGUCACUGGACAAUGAAACAGGGCUUGACCCACCAGGCAUCCGGCUGAGGCCGGUUCCAGGACUGGUUGCAGCCGAUUAUUUCGCUCCUGGCUACUUUGUUUGGGCUGUUCUUAUCGAGAAUUUGGCUCGAAUUGGCUAUGAAGGGAAGAACAUGUAUAUGGCUGCUUAUGACUGGAGACUUUCCUUUCAAAACACUGAGGUAAGGGACCAAUCACUCAGUAGAUUGAAGAUCAACAUUGAACUCAUGUAUGUAACUAAUGGUAACAAGAAAGUGGUGGUGGUUCCUCAUUCUAUGGGGGUUAUCUACUUCCUACACUUUCUUAACUGGGUGGAAGCUCCUCCCCCGAUGGGCGGUGGCGGCGGUCCAGGGUGGUGUGCCAAGCAUAUCAAAGCAAUCAUGAACAUCGGUCCAGCGUUUCUUGGCGUUCCAAAAGCGGUCAGUGGUAUGCUGUCUGCUGAAGGAAAAGAUGUAGCUUUUAUCAGGGCUGUGGCUCCUGGUCUGUUGGAUUCAGAGAUUCUUGGGCUCCAAACUCUGGAACACAUGAUGCGUGUAUCUCGAACGUGGGACUCUGUGGUUUCUUUGCUACCGAAAGGAGGAGACAUGAUAUGGGGAGACUUAGAUUCAUCCCCUGAAGAMGGGCACAAGUGUGACUUGGAGACCAAAAGUUACUUUCAAAUGAAUUCGAGGGAGAAUAACAGCAAAAAUGAAGAUACGAGACCUGCGCUCCAUAUGAACCAGCAAACAAAUUAUGGAAGAAUGAUCUCAUUUGGAAAGACAGCUUCUGAACAACAUUCUUCAAAGCUUCCUACAAUUGCUCCAAAGGAACUGAUGCAUGCAAACAGAGUCUUGAAUUCAAGUGCAACUUGUGGCGAGGUUUGGACCGAGUACGGGAAGAUUAGCCGCAAAAGCAUUCAGGGACUGGCGGAUAACAAAGCGUACACGGCUGGAACGUUGAUCGAUCUUCUGCGGUAUGUGGCUCCAAAGAUGAUGCAACGAGCCGAGGUUCACUUCUCUCAUGGCUUAGCAGCGGAUCUUGAAGAUCCGAAAUACACCCAUUACAAGUACUGGUCAAACCCGUUAGAGACCAAGCUGCCUGAUGCUCCGGAUAUGGAGAUUUACUGUUUGUAUGGAGUCGGGAUCCCGACGGAAAGAUCCUACGUCUAUAAACUCUCCCCGUCAGACAAAUGCAACAGUAUUCCCUUCAGGAUCGAUAGCUCGGCAGGGGGGAAAGGUGAUCGAGGAUGCUUACGAGGAGGAGUAUACUUUGUUGAUGGUGAUGAAAGCAUACCGGUUUUAAGUGCAGGUUUCAUGUGUGCGAAAGGGUGGAGGGGGAAAACGAGGUUUAAUCCAUCAGGGAGUGCAACUUAUAUACGAGAGUACCGACACAAACCACCGGCAAGUCUGCUGGAGGGGCGGGGGGCAGAAAGCGGGGCGCAUGUCGAUAUAAUGGGAAACGUUGCAUUGAUCGAGGAUAUCUUGAGGGUGGCUGCAGGUGCCUCCGGGGCGGAGGUGGGCGGUGAUCGUAUCUAUUCCGAUAUAUUGAAGAUGUCAGAUAGAGUAAACAUAAAGCUAUAGAUACAAGUUUUCCAGAAGAAAAGGGCCACCAGGAACCACCAAGGUUGGGAGGGAGUGAGUGGUAAGGGUGAUGACUAUGAGCAUGAGGGAUGGUAACCAAGAAAGAACAAGAAAAUGCAUCAUUAAAUCUAUCAACAGAUGGUUGUGUCUCCAAAAUUUGCUUCAGCCUCGAACGUGUUUAGAUUAAGUCGUUCUUGUACAUACCAUCUUUUAUGCAAUAAACUAAUUUAGGUUGUUGAAAAAGGCAAAUCUAAGUUUUUUGCUAUAAGGUGGAUCCAUCAAAGGCCCGUGAAGUUGCUCAAUUUCGGCCAA